AUGAGGAAACCGACACUCAUAAACGCCGUCGCCGUGGCAAUGGCCGGUGUCGCGGCCGCCUUCCCCGGCAUGGACCAAACUCUGGCCGAGAUUGAGAAACGUCAAGGACCGUUAUCGACAUCUCUGAUUGGAGAUCUCGCAGAGCUCGCGGACAAGGACCUGGGCGCCACGGGCAGGGCCAUCAAGAACAUCCUCACGGGCAGAGAGAGCGGGCAGAGAGAGCGGGCAGAGUCUGUCGGGAAGGACAAGUGCUGUAUCUGGAAAUACAUUGCCGACGAAAUGCACGCCGCCAUGGCUGGGUCGGCAGAACGCUGCAACGACUUUGCCCGCCAGGCCGUACGCAUGGGCUUCCACGAUGCGGGCACAUGGUCCAAGAGCACGGGCAAGAAGAGCGGCGCGGACGGUUCGAUUCUCCUGGUGCGCGAGUGCGACGAGCGUCGGGAGAACAAGGGCUUGUUGGAGAUUUGCGCCCAGAUGAGGAUCUGGUUCGACAAACACAAGGAGUUCGGCAUCGGCAUGGCCGAUUUGAUCCAGUUCGGGGCCACGGUUGGCACCGUCAGUUGCCCCCUCGGGCCCCGCAUCCGAUCUUUUAUCGGGCGCAAGGACAGCAAGGAGCCCUCGCCCAAGGGACUCUUGCCGGGGCCCUCUGCCAGCGCCGACACGCUGAUUUCCAUGUUUGAGGACAAGACAAUCAGCCCGGCCGGGCUUGCGGCCCUGACCGGCGCACACACAACGAGCCAGCAGCGCAAUAUGCAGCCUGACCCGGCGGGUGACCCACAAGACAGCACGCCGGGCGUGUGGGACACGCUGUACUGCCGAGAGACGACGAGCAAGGACGCGCCCAAGAGGGUGCUGAAGCUGCAGAGCGACAUGAACCUGGCCAACGACACGCACACGCGCGGAACGUGGCGGUCGUUUAGCAGCGCCUUUAUCGGACAGAUCAAGUGGAACCAGGCAUACUCGAGGGAACACGUGCGGCUCAGCCUGCUGGGCGUGUAUAACAUCAACGAGCUGACCGAGUGCACCAAGGCGCUGCCCAACUUUAUGGGGUCGUUUGACAGCCCGGUCAAGAAGCAGCUGCAGGACUUUUUGAGGGGCGGACGGGACUCUAUAGCGACGGACGCGCUGCUACACAGGGACAAGCUCCCGGGGCCUUCGGGGCUCGUGGGUAUCUCUCGCGACGACAUGUUGACGAACUUUUUUCCCUUGCGGAUGGGUAUAAUAGAGAAAGCAGGCGGGUCGAAGGGGCAGACCUGGGCAAGUUUUCUUGUGGCGCGGGCUCACGACCGCGACCUUUUCAUGGUAAUGUUUCACGACUCUCGAGCGACGCCGCAUUAG